UGUGUGUGUUCACAGACUGCCAGGAUGCGAGCGGCAGAGCAGUAAAAAAAAUCUUAGGAACCUCGGAGAAAGAGGAACUAAUUGUGUGAGUGUCGUGUGUGUAUACAUUUGGAGAUAUUCAGGACCCCCCCCCAUCCCCCGUUGGGUUAUGUGAAAUCCUCACAAGAAGCCUUACUUCCGGACCGUCGACAAAAAAAAAAUCUCGAUAUCUACAGAAAUACACAAGAGUGUUGCAGAGAAAUCUUUGAGAUCGAUAACUGCAGCGGAAGAAGCGAAACACAGCGAGGAAGGAGGUGGAAAAGGCACGGAAGGUUUAAAGGGCACUCUCUCCAUGACGGCAGGGAAGUUUCUAACGAGCCCUGGAGGGUUUUUGUGAAUGUUUCUUAGCCCCACAGUGAAUCGCGUGGAGCAGGACAAUAGAAGCGGCUGCUAUUCUCCCUCUCAGUAACUGAUCCUAAAAUUGCAUUGCAGCUGCUGUGCUCCCCUCUCUUUUGAUUUAACAAAAGGGUUUUGAUUUUGCUUUUUGCCUAUCCUUUUCCAUUUGGGUUCAUCUCUUGCAAUUUAUUGGGGUUUUCUCUCUCGCGUACACACACACACAGCGCGAACAUGGCUGUUGUUGCAGGAGGGCUAUUCCACAACGGGUUGCUGAAUCCCCAGCACGGGGUGCCGAGUGAACCCCAGAUCGCCGAACUCUGCCGCAGUUUGGAGGUGGGCACAGUCAUGACUGUCUUCUACUCCAAGAAGUCCCAGCGGCCCGAGAGGAGGACGCUGCAGGUAAAGUUGGAGACCCGUCAGAUCAUCUGGAACCGGGGAGCCGAGAAAGUGGAAGGAGAAAUUGAUAUUCGGGAAAUCAAAGAGAUUCGUUCAGGAAGAAAUUCCCGGGAUUUUGAACGAUACCAGGAUGACGCAGCCAGGUCUGAUAUAUCCCGGUCCGAUUUAGCUCACUGUUUCGUCAUUCUCUAUGGAAUGGAAUUCCGGCUAAAGACCCUCAGUCUCGCAGCUACUUCCGAAGAAGAGAUGAACAUGUGGAUAACGGGGCUGAACUGGCUUCUCACAGACACUAUGAAAUCGCCAACACCACUUCAGAUAGAAAGGUGGCUGAGGAAGCAUUUCUACAACAUGGAUCGAAAUCGGGAAGACCGGAUCACGGUGAAGGAUCUGAAGAACAUGUUGGCUCAAGUCAACUAUCGAGUGCCCAACAUGAGAUUUCUACGGGAAAAGAUUACAGACAUGGAGUUACGGAGUGGGGAUGUCACUUACUGCCAGUUUGCUCAGCUCUAUCGGAGCCUGAUGUUCGAUGCUCAGAAACAUAUGGAAGUUCGCUUUCUUCAAAGAAGCUGUGACAGGCCUGAACUCAGCCAAGUCUCGCUGCAGGAUUUUCAGCAAUUCCUGCUGGAAUAUCAGAAGGAAUUGUGGGCGACAGAUAUCCACCAAGUGCGAGAGUUCAUGUUCAAUUACCUUCGCGAUCCACUCCGCGAGAUUGACGAUCCAUAUUUCUGCCUCGAUGAGUUCCUGACUUUCCUGUUUUCCAAAGAAAACUCCAUUUGGGAUUCAAGGUAUGAUCAAGUUUUCCUGGAAGAGAUGAGCAAUCCACUAUCUCAUUACUGGAUCUCAUCGUCGCAUAACACCUACCUAACAGGGGAUCAGUUCUCCAGCGAAUCCUCACUGGAAGCCUAUGCUCGCUGCCUAAGAAUGGGAUGCCGGUGUAUUGAAUUGGAUUGCUGGGAUGGACCCGAAGGAAUGCCAGUUAUUUACCAUGGUCACACUCUGACUUCAAAAAUCAAGUUUAAUGAUGUCCUGACUACAAUCAAGGAACAUGCCUUUGUGACUUCAGAGUAUCCUGUAAUCUUGUCCAUUGAAGAUCAUUGUAGUAUUGUUCAACAGCGCAAUAUGGCUAAUGUUUUCAAGAAGGUGUUUGGUGAUAUGCUGCUGACCAAACCAGUUGACAUCACUGCGGACGGGCUUCCGUCACCGAAUCAACUGAGGAGAAAAUUCCUGAUUAAGCACAAGAAACUGGCCGAGGGCAGUGCCUAUGAAGAGGUCUCAACUUCUACCUACUCCGAGAACGACAUCAGCAACUCGAUAAAGAAUGGAAUCUUGUAUCUCGAAGAUCCAAUCAAUCACGAAUGGAAUCCACACUAUUUUGUCCUCACGAGCAGCAAGAUUUAUUAUUCAGAGGAGAGAUCAGGGAAUCAAGCCAAUGAAGACGAGGAAGAACAGAGGGAGCCGAGUAGUGGCACUGACCUUCAUGUGACAGAGAAGUGGUUCCACGGGAAACUUGGUGCAGGCCGUGACGGGAGGCAAAUCGCAGAGAAGCUUCUCGCUGAGUACUGCAUUGAAACCGGGGCUCCCAACGGCUCCUUUCUGGUGCGUGAGAGUGAAACCUUUGUGGGGGACUACACACUCUCAUUCUGGCGUUCUGGAAAGGUGCAGCACUGCCGGAUCCAUUCCCGCCAGGAAGCUGGUAAUCCCAAAUUCUACCUAACAGACAACCUAGUGUUUGACAGUCUCUACGCCUUGAUAACACACUAUCAACAGGUGCCACUCCGCUGCAAUGAGUUUGAGAUGCGGCUGACGGAACCCGUGCCUCAGACUAAUGCACAUGAAAGCAAAGAGUGGUACCAUGCCAAUCUAUCACGAUCAGAGGCGGAGCAUAUGCUAAUGAGGGUGCCACGAGAUGGAGCCUUCCUCGUUCGUAAACGGAACGAGCCCAAUUCAUACGCAAUCUCCUUCCGCGCUGAAGGAAAGAUCAAGCACUGUCGUGUUCAGCAGGAAGGUCAGGUCGUCAUCCUGGGGAGUUCGGAGUUUGACAGCCUGGUUGAUCUAGUCAGCUACUAUGAAAAGAAUCCGCUAUACAGGAAGAUGAAACUCCGUUACCCAAUAAAUGAGGAGACCUUGGAAAAGAUUGGCACAGCGGAACCAGAUUAUGGAGCCCUUUAUGAAGGCCGGCAGCCAGGAUUCUAUGUCGAAGCUAACCAGAUGCCUACGUUUAAGUGUACAGUCAAGGCAAUGUAUGAUUAUAAGGCACAGCGGGAUGAUGAACUCUCCUUCUGCAAACACUCCAUCAUUCAGAAUGUGGACAAACAAGAAGGAGGGUGGUGGAAAGGAGACUAUGGAGGUAAACGACAGCUCUGGUUCCCUGCCAACUAUGUGGAGGAGAUAAUGAGCCCAAGUACUGCAGAGCCAGAGAGAUUGCUCCUUAAUGAAAACAGUCCUCUCGGGGAUUUACUGGGAGGAUCUCUGGAUGUACCUUCCUGUCAGAUUGCCGUCCAUCCAGAUGGAAAAGGCAGUCGUCCCUAUGUUUUUAAAAUAAAUGUGAGCUCGUUCAACCGUGCUGGUGAGACAAUGGACCUGGCAGCAGAAACACUGGAAGAUCUGAACGAUUGGGUGGCCAAGAUCCGGGAAGCAGCACAGACGGCAGACGCCAGGAAGGAAGAGGGGAAGAUGAUGGAGCGCAGAAAGAAGAUUGCUCUUGAACUCUCUGACCUAGUGGUGUAUUGCAGACCUGUCCCCUUUGAUGAAGAAAAGAUCGGGAGUGAUCGGGCCUGCUACCGGGAUAUGUCAUCGUUUCCAGAAACCAAGGCAGAGAAAUAUGUGAACAGGGUCAAGGGGAAGAAAUUUCUACAGUACAAUCGUCUGCAGUUGAGUCGCAUCUAUCCCAAAGGCCAGCGUCUCGACUCAUCCAACUACGAUCCCUUGCCCAUGUGGAUUUGUGGCAGUCAGUUAGUGGCAUUGAACUUCCAGACCCCAGAUAAACCCAUGCAGAUGAAUCAGUCGUUGUUCAUGUUGAAUGGGAGAUGUGGGUAUGUUCUACAGCCAUCCAUCAUGAGGGAUGACCAGUUUGAUCCUUUUGACAAACACUCUGUGAGGCCGACUGAGUCACUCAUCAUUCAACUCCAGGUUCUGGGUGCUCGUCACUUGCCUAAGAAUGGCAGAGGCAUUACCUCUCCAUUUGUAGAGGUUGAGGUUUGUGGAUCUGACUACGAUAACUGCAAGUACAAGACUGAGAUUGUUGCGGUGAAUGGCUUAAACCCCACAUGGACGGCAAAGCCAUUUUCUAUAAACAUCACUAACCCAGAAUUCAGCUUCUUACGAUUUGUUGUCUACGAGGAGGAUGUGUUCAGCGAUCAGAAUUUCCUGGCAGAAGCAACCUUUCCUGUCAAAGCCAUAAGGACAGGAUACCGAUCGGUGCCUUUGAAGAACAGCUACAGCGAGGAUCUCGAAUUGGCGGCAUUAAUGGUCCACCUGGAGAUCUUGGAAUCAAUGAUAAGGGAAAAUGGUGACACGGUUCUGUGUCCGUUAAAUCCGUCCCUCCGAGAGCGCAGUGCUGAUCAUUCUAGCCAACUGCUGGCCUUCAGGGGUAGAGAAGGAUCAUUUGAUGCUCGAUAUCAGCAGGAAGAUCUAAGGCUUUUCCAGGAACAGCAGCUGGAGCACACCGAGACCAGAGAGAGGAGAUUAUUAAGAAGAACUCGGAUAAGUGGAGACAACAGAUGAAGGUUGGGGGAGACGGAUUGUGCGGAUACUCUGUCAGUUCUAGGGACGUGGACUGCUACAAUUUGGUUUCUAUGGAAACUCUUGCUGGCUCUGGCCUAUUUCGGACAGCCUCUCCGAUUCAUAACCUUUGUAUUAACAGGAAAGUGACAUUUUUUUAAUGUGCUGUUUGGAAAAAAAAAACAUUAGUUUUAAAGAAGAGAGAAAAAUAAGAAAAUUCACACCAGGUAGAGAUGGGAACUGGCCAGUUUUUCAUCUUUGUAGUUACUUUUCUGUUGAAUUGUGCAGCCUGGUCAAUCAUUCGUGGUCUACUGCUUAUUAAACUGUGAGAAUUGUUCUUACUUAAAGAACAGAUUGAAUAUACAGUGUACCUGUGCUCGUGUCAUGUAAUAUAAUGGUAAUGAUGCCUUUCACCCAGAGGGACAUCAAGUCAUAAAGUAGAGUGUGAUUAUUAAAUACUUGUCCAUGAUAUA